GUUUGUUAGCCACUGCGAUCAUCCACACUAACUGUCUGUCGUCUUCGUUUGCACUUAGUACAGCCACAUAAUCAUACCCGACGAACAGAGUGAAGCAAGCUCGACUGAUUGUGAGACAUGACCUCAUACACAUACGACGUUGAGAAAGUGAUUCAGGCUGUGAUCGACCGUGGCGAGAGCCAAUUUUAUGAUAUCGCACAACAGUUGGGAAUGACGCGUGCUAAAAUUGAUUCAACCAUCGACCGUAUACCUGGAAAUGCAGGAAAACUGAAAGUUCUCAUUGACAAGAGGAGAGCAGCCAUAGACGAUGAAACUUUAAUUAGAGAGCUACUUGAUGCUUGUGACAAAAUACAAGAUCCUAUUGGAGGAGAUGUCAGGAGACAACUGGGUGGACAAGCAAGCCGACCUGCUGCUGCUGCUGCUGUUUUUGCUGCUAGUACAGGUGGAUCUGAUAUGACUGACGGACAUUCUAAACCAUCAGAUGCUAGACCAUUAGACCUUUCACUGGAAGCUGAUAAGACGCUGGACACCACAAAGAACGAACCCAGCGAAGUAGCCGACGAAAUUGCAGCAGACUGGAGAAAGGUGGCUGCAUUUCUCAACUCAACAAUGUUCACAUCUACGAAAAUAAAGGUCAUCGAGGAUACAUUCAGACGACCAUUUGAUCAAGCAAAGGAAAUGAUUGAUAAAUGGUCUAGUAAACAGGGCAGCCAAGCUACAAGGCGUGUGCUCAUAAAGGCGAUGCUGCAGUGUGGACUACGAGCACAAGCCAACAACAUUUUUACUGAGGAACUUGUUGAUUAUGUCAAACCUUUGAAGUAACGUGUAGCUAGAGUACUAGACAAAUAUGUACAGCCUGUUUCACUGCUCUGUAGCAAGACAAUUGACUGCCUCGUUGAUUGAGAUAGAACACAAAUAUGUAUAUGCAUCUCACUGUCUAUGCAGUCACGUGAUUUGACACAAAACAUGCAAGAAGUCAAUGCUAA